AUGCUCAGAGCAACAUGGACUUCAGCAAAUCCUUCCACGCCUCCGGCACCGGCGAGACUACGUGCAAGAAUGAAGACUUCGCCGGAGUCGUCUGCAUCGUGGUUUCUAGUACUAGGCCUCCUCAUCGCCUCCUCUUCCAUAUUGGGCCUUGCGUCGGCCCAAUUAUCGGGCUGCACGUCGGCUCUCGUGUCCCUAUCGCCGUGCCUGAGCUACCUCGACGGCAACUCCUCCGCCCCCUCCACCGCCUGCUGCACGCAGCUCGACGCCGUGGCGUCGUCACAGCCGGAGUGCCUCUGCUCGGCGGCCAACGGCAGCAUCUCUUCGCCGGGGCUCACAUUCAACGAGACGCAGGCCUCGACGCUCCUGGCGGUGUGCGGAGUCAAGACUUCGCCGGAGCUUAGCGCCUGCAUUGCUGCAAUCAAUCCUGGAGCUUCUCCGGCGACUGCACCACCAUCACCGCCGGCACCGGGCAGCGGUGCAACUUCUCCGGCCUCAGGAAAUGCAUCGAAGGCUGCUGUUGCUGCUUCUCCGAAGCUACCUCUUCUCUACUUAGCCGCUGGUGGAAGCAUCAUAUUCUCCUUCUCCAGCUUUUAG